AUGGAGGUAUCGAUGGACAUUGCCAUCGACAUCGCCAUGGAGGUAGCCAUGGAGGUAGCUAUGGAGAUUGAGAGCCCCCUAUGGCUACCUCCGACACCCCCUCCUUCACCUUCUCCUAUGGAGGACGUCGUCGUCAUCGACGACGAGGACGGUGGCGACGACGACGCCGACAUGGAGGAUGUCGACGAGGACGACGACGACGUCGUCAUCAUUGAAGAAAUACGCGUCGUAAACGACGACGUCGACGUGGACGACGAGGACGUCGUCGGUGAGACUCCCCUGAUUGACCGGGUGCUCAUGCACCACAUGCAGGUGGGCGAAGUGGAGGAUUUCUUCCUACUCCUCGGUCACCUGCAUGAGAAGUGGCCAUCGUCGGGGGAGAGUUGCCACUGCUACCACCGAUGUUCGGUGCUGCCCUCUAUGCUGAGCUUGUCAAAUGGGGAUCCCCAUAUAAAGUUACGCCGCUAUAAGAAAAUCACGGACACGUACGCCACGAAGUUUCCUGAUUAUACGCUUUUGGAUUUGCAAUUAGAACUUGAUCAAACCGUCUUCCGAAGCCGCUCAACGUUUUGCGUGGAGAUAAAACCAAAACAAGGAUAUUUACCAGAGGUAGAACAAGAAUUUCCUCGAUGUCCGUAUUGCCUCAAUCAGUAUGCUAAGUUGAGGAAAAAAGACAUUGCAACUCCCAGCAAUUACUGCCCGUUUGAUCUGUUCUCCGGGAAGAAGGUGCGCAUCAAAGCCGCUAUUAAGGAGCUUCUGAAAUCGCCGCAGAACAAUUUGAAAAUUUUUAAAAACGGCCUCGUCGCCUACAGUCAGACAUCCUCGCUGAACGAUCUCGAGAACGUGCUGGACGAGUGGUUUCGGAAUGCGGAGAGCGGCGGACGAGCUUGCCACGUUGACGAGUUCUGCAAUUUAGUUUGCACCGCCCUUAUGCGGCCUAUCGCCCGGGAGCAGCUAAAACUGCCUGCCACCUCCCUUUCACAUAAUUUUCUCGUACCCGCGAAUCAAAUUCCAACAUUUUGCACCACGCCAGACGCAAUCGCGAAAGCCGAACGGUGCCUUCGCCUCGUGGGAAAGAGGUGUAAUUUUGAUCACAGUGAAUUGCCAAAGAACUCCGUGUUAGAACGAAUAUGGAAUAUGCAGCGAUUGUCCUACGUCAAUAUCAAUUAUAUUUACAGCAUUUACUCCAAUUUCGCAUUGCUACUAAAUGAUGAUAUGAUAUAUUCUGACUUGACAAAAUUAAACAAAACUUGUAAUGUUUUUCACGCUUUACUCGGAAAUCCUACAAAAAUAGAAACCAUGGAGAAAAUAGACUUCCAAACGUUUCUUACGAGUGCUAUUGCACAAAAACAUGAUGACGAUUUUCAUGGAAAUUGUAAUGCUAGUUCAAAAUGUCUUUUAUCUACUAAUACCGACAGAGUACUUAUAAACGAUGGUCCUGUGUCGCGAACAGAAAUUAGUUCCAACCAAGAUUUGCAUCAACCAUUUCAUGGAAACAAGAGUCUACAUAAUCAAAGCACUAGUAACGAUGAUGAACGACAGGCAAAUAUGCAGAUUACCACCAAACAUUUGGCAGCGUUGCAAAAUUACCUUUUAUUUGUCACCGCCAAAGAUUGUUCGAUAUUAAUGACCUUCCGCGAAUUGCAUCCGGAAAGAAAACAUGCAUCAAGAAUGCCUGUGGAAAAUACUAUAAAACUUUCGGAUCAACAUUAUUUUUUAAGCAGCAUCAGAGUUUCCGAUUUAGACCCAAAAAGCGUUCAUUCCAUCACAAAGCAUCGACAACGAGAUGUGGAUAUUUUUAAUGCUGUGAUUUCUUUGCUGAAAGAAGAUAUUCUUUUUACAAAUAGAUAA